AUCCGUACACUGCGGUUUAAAUUCCGAUGACAGAUAUUUCCCAGAAUACCAGAGCAGACAAUGCCGCGUCCACCGGAAGACUAACACAAGCGUACGCCGCGAGCCCGCACGGGGACCACCAAGGGUUCCCUAUCGUCAUGACCGACAGGCCCCGGGAGGACAGCUCCGGAAAGGACCCGCAACAACUCGGAGAACCGAAAAAGCCGUGCAGGGCUUGUACCGACUUUAAGUCGUGGAUGAAAUUCCAGAAGAAGACACCCGCGGCAGCAACGGAAAAGUCGUCACAGCAGGUGCCCCUGGCUGAGGAUUUACAACCCCAAUGGCAGCCAGAGUGUCCACUGGACAGGGAAGAGUUAGGGCGCAACACCUGGUCCUUCCUCCACACUAUGGCUGCCUACUACCCCGAGCAGCCAUCUGCCAGUCAGCAGACAGACAUGGGACAGUUCAUCAACCUCUUUUCUCACUUCUUCCCCUGCCACGAGUGUGCUGAGGACCUGCGCACAAGGUUAAAGACCAAUCAGCCAGACACUAGCAGCCGCCAUGCCCUCUCCCAGUGGCUGUGUGGUAUCCAUAACGAUGUCAACAUUCGCCUGGGGAAGCCUGAGUUUGACUGUUCCCGUGUCGACGAGCGUUGGAGGGAUGGAUGGAAGAAUGGGAGCUGUAACUGAUCAGUCAGUUGACUUGUUAAUUGACUGGAAUUAUUGGUGGAUUGAUAACUUAAUCUGGGAACUGUGAGAGAUGCAGCACACAGUUCUAAUGAGUCCCAUUUCCUUUAUAACUGUGGUGUACUGACCUUCCAACUCUCCCUUCAGAGACCUGAAUCGACACACCUGAAUCUGAUAAUUAAGGGCUGAUGAUAUUUGACAGAAUCAGGUGUAUCUGUUCAGGACUACAACAAAUAGUCCUGGGGAGGGGUUUGGGAAACCCUGGCAUGGAGGUCAGAGACAAAAGACAAUGCAGGACAGAGUGUGUUGUAUUUUGCUAUUGAUGCAAGAUUGCCUGAACUGUUGGUGUUUAAUGUACUUAACUACUGAACUGAACUCAAGAUGGACUCAAGAUGAACCACCCAUUCAGUCUGUUGCAUAUAUUAAAGAAUAUACUUCUAA